AAUUGAAAAAAUCAAAAACUAUUUGUCAAAUUAUAUUUAAUUCAUUAUCAUUAUUAACAGUUUAUAUGUUAAAUAAUAAAUUAUGUAAUAAUUUAUUGACAAAUUCUUCUUCAAUCAUUACUUGUUACUUAUAUCCGCCUAAUUUAGAUGUUUAUCUAGAAGAUUCAUUGAUUUAUGAUAUUCUUAGAAUAUCUAAUAAUUUAAUACAGAUUUUAACUAAAUUCAAUACAUCAGUUAAUAAUAAUUUAUUGAGUUCAUCAUUGAAACCAAUGGAUCAAACUUAUUUCUUAUGUAAACAAUUAACAAUUGAUUCGUUUAAAAUUAAUUUAAGUUUACAUGCAAUGUUACGUUUGUAUUUAUCUUGUCAUUCAGCUCCAUUACAUUUCACUUCAUUUAAACUGAUUAAUAUUGAGAAUGGGUAUCUUAAUAAUAAUAAUAAUAAUGUCGGUCAUUAUCAUCAUCAGCAACAUGAUUCAAAUAUUUCAUCUGGUUCAUUAAUUUAUUGGAAUUCAGUGAAAUAUUUAUUAACAAUGCAUUAUAUUACUCAAAUGUUAUUUCGCUCUGGUUGGUUAGUUGGCAGUUUAGAUUUAUUAGGUAAUGUAACUGGUCUAUUGUAUUCUCUGAUUAAUGGUCUCAAUGAUUUAAUACAUUUACGUUCAUCAAAUGAAGAUGAAGAGAAUAAUGGUGGUGAAAAUGUUACAAUGAUUAAUAUGUCUGAUACAAAUCUAUUUAUAUGUCAACAAAAUAUUGAUUUCCCAUCUUCUACUGUGGCAAUGUCGAUUGGUACUGUUGCAUCUGAUUCGACUACAUUUUCAUUUAAAUAUAAUCGAAAUGUUGGAUUUUUAUAUCGUCUUACUCAAGGACUUAGUUCACUUACACGUCGAACAACUGGUGGAUUAUUGUUGUCUAUCAGUGGCAUAGCUUCUAGUUUAGCUAGAAACUUAGAUUAUCUUUCUCUUGAUCCUCAUUAUGAACAACACCAAGAUCAUAUUCGACGACAUCAUACACCUAAAGGAUUUAGUGAAGGAAUUCAACAAGGGUUGAGCAGUUUAGGUUUGUGUUUAUUGAGUGCUAUAGCCGGAGUGGCUGACCAACCAUUACAAGCUAUUUUUAAAACAAUGGACAAUACAAUUGUUUCCUCAGAUAGUAUUUUCAAUUCAUCUGUUGACAGUCAAUCAACUCCGAAUUUCUUGUUAUCUACUCUUGGUGGUUUUGGUCGUGGUCUUGUCGGAGUGGUCACUAAACCUGUUGCUGGAGCUGCGGAAUUAAUUGCUCAAACUAGCAAAGGUUUGUUGCAUGGUACAAACAACUCAGCAGAGAUGAUUAUACCAAGUAAAUAUGGAGAACCGUAUAUUUCAUCUGAAAUUGGUUUACGUUUACAAUAUCAAAAUGUAGACGUUAUGAUACUCCGUUAUUGGGGAUCGAUUGCACUCAGAUAUGUACGGUCAAACGUUUCAAAUUCUAAUUAUUAUGAUAAUGAAGAAUUAUCAAUCCGCUCUUGGUUUACUACUGAAAUUUAUAAUCACAAUAAUGAAAAUUAUUCUACAGCUCAGUCACAUAUUGUAAAUGAUACACUUCUUUGGAUAUCAGCAUCAUUAGAUCCGAAUAUUGUUUACGCAUCUGUUAUCACAAAUGAAAUUAAUAAUUCUCACUUCUCAUGGUUUGAACACUUUCCUAAUGAAGUUUUGAAGCGUUUCAUUGACAAUAUCAUCGGAUUUGACUCGAAAUUCGUGGAAAUAAUUGAUAAUUCUGUUAAUGACGAGCUUUCAUUAGUAAAUGCAUAUAAUAAGUCCGAAAGUGAUAUGAAUAAUUCACUCAACAAUCGGCCAUUCGAUAUUUCCAUCAGUGAUUCCUGGAAAUGGAUUGAUCAUAUCCAAUUCACUUCAUCAAAUGACGUACAGUGUUUAAAAUCAAUCAUUCAGAAAUUCUGGUUGAUAGAUGAAAGAUUGAAAAAAUCGACACAUCAAAAUAAUACAGAGUUAAAUUCUGGUUCAUCACAAGAACAACAUACUAUUCCUGAUAGUAAUUCUGUUGAUUCAACAUCAGAUAUGAAUUCUGCAGAUCUUUUUUCAUCCAAUCGACAUAAUUCUAGAUGGAAACGUGUUAGGGAAUAUUUGAUAGGUAUGAGUUCAACCGAUCUUAUUCAUGUUUAACUAUGUUUUUUUGUACGUCUCUGUUCUCUUGUUGUUUCCAAGCUAGAUAAACACUGUGAUUCGAAUUCUCUUGAUGUGAUAAUUUUUUUCUAGCAAAUGUGAUUCUCACUAUAGUAUUUUCAGAUAUUAGUAAUAAAUUCUAUUUUUUUACUAUUUCUGUACACAUGUUUUUUCUUCAAAGUUGAACGUUUCUACAUUUUUAAGCUUUACAUCAGUUUUGUUAAAAGUUGUUAGAUGAUUUACAAAUAGUUAUGUAUAUAUUGAAUGUUUUAGGAACGAAAAAUUUAAAUAUAGUUUAAACUACAAAUUUACAUAAUUUCAUUAUGUGUUGCACACAUAUUUCUAUAGAUAUAUCAGAAGAUAAUAAUCGAA